AUGCGUUGGGUAGUCAGUAUUGGAUUUGCACUUCGAUCAGAUGUUGUUUACCCCGAGGAUCUUUCUCCUUACGGCACCAGCGAGGCUGAGCAGAAAUUUAACUGGGUAGUAUCGAAAUAUGACAAGAUUUCAAAGCUUAUGGCUAGACACAGACUUGUCAAAGACCUGUACGGCUCAGGAACUACAUGGUUCGUGCGCAAUAAUCUAGGCUUUCGAUCGCCAGUUGUGAUGGGUGAACAUUGGUUGGCUAUCGGUGACGCCACUGGGUUCACUAACCCAUUAUAUUCGCCAGGUAUCAAUGCCAACAUGGGAAUAAGCAUUUACGCAGCGGAAAUGACAAACACCUAUCUAAGCUUGAAAAGUUGUACCGGAAAAAGGAAAUUGUUAACGGAAUAUGAAGAGUUCUGCAGGAAUCGAAUACCGAACCUUCAGCGCAUGAAUACAUUCAACUACGUCUGCAUGCGCUCGCCAGACUUGGGACCACUAGGACCACUAUGGCAGUACCUCAUCGGUACGGGCAACAAAGCUUUCCAAAAUGCGCGUACUUUCGAAUUUGGGAACUGCAAGGAAUUGUUGGCCCGGUGGGACUGGGGUGUCAAUGAAGAGGAGUACAUCGCCCUUAGCAACAUGGUGAUAGCGAUGCUUGCGGGACGAUGCGACGAGGAGCUGUCGACCGAGCAAAUUGAAGGUGUAAAGGGAGUUUCAAGGCUUUUCCUGAACUCAGUGAUGUCAAAGGGCAAAUAUCGCGGCAGAUGGAGUGGAUUGUUGCGUUAUUAUGACGACGAGUUGAAACUUCACAGAGAGAAGGUCGAUCGUGAUGUACUAGCUAGCCGGUGUAGAAGCUGUGGCGAGUGGAAAAUGCUGCAAGGAGAUGUAAGGAAGUGUCCUUUUUGUGGAUAUCAACAUACUAUCGAGGAGAGUACCAAGAAGAUAUAUGUGGGCACAUGA